AUGGGGUCAAAGGUAAAGGACACAUCAGAUAUUAAACAAGAACAGAUAACCAGGGAUGAGGCUCUUAGGUUAUAUACAAACGCGCUAAAUUUCAAUGUCAUUAGCCGGUAUGACCCUGCCAUCAAACAGUUGUUGUGCAACACCUCUCAUUGUGUCUUGUACAAUUUUAAUGACGAAACAGAAGAGUGGGUGAAGUCAGAUUUCCAAGGAACAUUGGCACUUUAUAUUCGAGAUUUUAAAGUCCCCCCAACAGCAACUGUACCAAGCUAUAGAGAUUUGCAAAACCUUUUCUGUUAUGGGCUUAUACUUUUGAACAGAAACAAUCCAGAGUGCUUCUCAUUGGGGUUAUUACCAAACAAAAUUAGCAGUCAGUUUUUCCCAAAUGGGUUAGACAACUCUUCGGUUCUGGAAAUGGAUGUUGAAUUGAAUGACAACUUAAUCAUAAUAAGAAAUCUUUUAGGUGAAAUAUACGGUUUAUGGGUUUUUAAUGAGAGCGAUAGAAUCAAACUAUUUAAAUCAAUAGAGUUCUGUCUCAACACAGAGACCAAUAUAAAUUGA